AACGUUAGAGCUCCUCGUUGUGCACGAUGUCGAAAUCAUGGCGUUAUAUCCUAUCUCAAAGGGCACAAACGCUAUUGUCGAUGGAAGGAUUGUCAGUGCCCGAAAUGUAGUUUAAUAACCGAAAGGCAACGCUUAAUGGCAGCACAAAUUGCUUUAAAACGAGAUACAGAAGAAGAACCGACAAAUAGUAUGCUAACUAUGCCAUCCCGUUGCCUCCCUAUUUUCUCAUCGUCUUCUGACAACUCGAGCUUGCCUGCUUGCGAAGAAGAGAGUCCUAAGAACUUUAAUCUUGAGAACGCCGUCGUGAACCGAACCUUAAAACGAGAGGCAAAUGAAGACCUACAAGAAUCAAAGACUUCAUCAAAAAGGCGGCAUACUAUCUCACUAGAUGAAAACCAGACAACAAACAAUCAGGGAGGUAUGAGCGAACACACCAUGAAAGACUGCGAAGAAGUGGCUGUUUUUACGUCACCAGUUCGAGGGGAUGAUGAAGUCACAACAAAAACAAAAUCUCCUCCAGUUGAGCUACUUUGUCGACUCUUCCCAACUCAGAAGCCAAGUGUACUGAAACUAAUUUAUCAAGGUUGCAAUCAGGAUUUAAUCAAAACCAUUGAAUGUGUUUUGCCAAGUCACGAAAAGUCUAUGGCCGGCAUCAGAUAUCAUUCAAUGACAACAAACGUUCCUGUUAGUUCACAGUUUAUCCCACAUACCUUUCCACCAUUUUUUUCUUACCCAAUGAAGCAGCAACAUCGUCUAUGUAUUCCUCCAGUCUCUAUGGCAGAAUCAUUACCGCUGUGUAGCAUACACGAAGGUUCGACAUUUAUGCGUGGUUACUUUGGCAACCGUAGUUUCCAUAGCGAGGCAAAAUGUCAGGAAUUCAAUGAAGAGAUGGUAUUAGUCUCACAGCGCGUGUGUCCAGGUUGUCGCAAAAACAUAUCUUUAGCAUUACGAGUUUGCAAUUUUUGCGGACAUAAUGUGGAUUUGUCUUCCCCUCAUAGAGAAUGAAUAUUUCUAUAUGACGAGUGAGGGGUGUAGCGUGAUUUUGAAAUAUUGUCUGUUUGAGUGAUUUACUAUCGAGUGAAAUUGUUUGAAAAAACCUUAAAC